AUGCUUCGUAACUUCAGAGGUAGUGCAAAGCGUCUUAAUGUCAGACUGUUGGCCACUGCUGCCGAUGCUGCUGCCAACCCUAACCGUGUCCAUGGUGGCUUGAAGGACCAGGACCGUAUUUUCCAGAACGUCUAUGGUAACUACGGCCACGAUUUGAAGUCUUCCAUGAAGAUGGGUGACUGGUACAAAACGAAAGAGAUUAUCUUGAAAGGUGACAAGUGGAUCUUGGACGAGAUUAAGAAGUCCGGUCUUAGAGGAAGAGGAGGCGCUGGUUUCCCCUCUGGUCUCAAAUGGUCUUUCAUGAACCCUCCAGGAUGGGAGAAGAACGUUGGUCCUAGAUACUUGGUUGUCAACGCCGAUGAAGGUGAGCCAGGUACCUGUAAGGAUCGUGAAAUCAUCAGAAAAGACCCACACAAAUUGGUUGAGGGAUGUCUCUUAGCCGGUAGAGGUAUGAACGCUACCGCUGCCUACAUUUAUAUUAGAGGUGAAUUCUACAACGAAACUGUCAUCUUGCAAAAUGCCAUCAACGAGGCCUACAAGAACGGUUUGAUUGGUAAGAACGCCUGUGGAUCUGGUUACGACUUUGACAUCUACAUCCACAGAGGUAUGGGUGCCUACAUUUGUGGUGAAGAAACCGCCUUGAUUGAAUCCAUCGAAGGUAAGGCUGGUAAGCCAAGAUUGAAGCCACCAUUCCCAGCUGGUAUUGGUUUGUUCGGUAGACCAUCUACUGUCACCAACGUCGAGACCGUGGCCGUCGCUCCAAGUAUCUUGAGAAGAGGUGGUGACUGGUUUGCUUCUUUCGGUCGUGAGAGAAACUCCGGUACCAAGUUGUUCUGUAUCUCUGGUCAUGUCAACGAGCCAUGUACCGUUGAGGAGGAAAUGUCUAUCUCUUUGAAGGAAUUGUUGGAGAAGCAUUGUGGAGGUGUCAAGGGUGGUUGGGACAACUUGUUGGGUGUUAUCCCUGGUGGAUGUUCCGUUCCAAUCAUGCCUAAGGAAACCUGUGACAAUGUCUUGAUGGACUACGAUGCUUUGAGAGAUGUCGGUUCUGGUUUGGGUACUGCCGCCGUUAUUGUCAUGAACAAGCAGACCGAUAUCAUCAGAGCUAUUCAAAGAUUCGCAGCAUUCUACAAGCACGAGUCUUGUGGUCAGUGUACUCCUUGUAGAGAGGGUACCACUUGGUUGCAAAAGAUGAUGGACAGAUUUGUCUCUGGCCAGGCUACUGUCAAAGAGAUUGAUGAAAUCUUUGAGCUCACUAAGGAAAUCGAAGGUCACACCAUUUGUGCCUUGGGUGAUGCCGCUGCAUGGCCUAUCCAGGGUUUGAUCAAGAGUUUCAGACCAGUCAUGGAGGAAAGAAUUGCUCAGUACCACGAGAAGCACAAUGUUGAACUCGGUGGAUGGGUGCCAUCCGGUAAAGUCAUUGACGGUAAAGUCAUUGAGAACCCUCUUCCUGCUCACCACUAA